GUUGUUACUGCCGCAUGCUACUGCAAGUACUUCUUCUUUGACGAUGCCGAUGAGGGCAGCUACGACGACUACGGGAACUUGAAGGACAGGGAGCAGUUGGAGCUGGAAGUACGGAAGCAAGUUGAGGCUGCAAUGGUUAGCCAGCGUGGGUUGGUGGAUGAGAAUCAGUCGGAACAGCUACGCGCAGUGAAAUGGUUCAUGGCGAUAUUGGGGCCCCGCCAGGCCUCACAGUCCUGGAAUCUCGAGUACCCAACAGCAAUCCAACAGGACUUUCAGGACACAGCCGUGAACCCGGGGGUCAAGCUGGACUUUCUGAUCUUGCCAAGGUACCCAGCGGCAAUCUUGCAGGACGCCCAGGCCAUGAUGAUCAGCGACCUGGUGAAGAGGGUCGACUACAUGGAGGCUUGGAGGGCAAUCCUGCAGGACUUAUGGGACACGGCGGAGGGAUCAGUGAGGGAGCUGAAGAAAGUGACGGUGAAUGUGGGGAAUUUCGAGUACCCAACAGCAAUCCAGCAGGACUUUCAGGCGGGUGAGAACGAAGCAGGUUUGAAGAAUGACAGACCGAAGCUUGAUGAAGGACUCGUGGCGUCGCCCAUGGAAGCACUCCUCAAAGGAAUGUCGCAGUUGCAUCAGGCGAUGACGUUGCAGCUGGAUCGCCAGAGCAAUAAGCCUGAAGCAAUCAGGCCCGGUAUCACAGGCAGCGAAUUGCCUAAGUUGCCGGAGGCGGAUGAGUAUGCGGCGAUCAAUGUUGGGGACUGGUUGCACGGGUUGACGGGUCCCAUGGGGGACCUUACUGAUGGUUCCGGAGGAUGGUGGGCUGAUGUGAUGAGAAGUCUAGAUGACUACUACAAGGAGUACCUCGCCGCAACCACAGUCAGAAAGGUUCAGUUGAAGGCCGAAGACUUCGCGCGUCCGGGAGUUAGAGAAGAGCGUUGGGGCAGAGUCGAUAAGCGGGCAGCAUCAAUGCUGUUGCAGGCGGUCCCGGAGGCGAUCAAGUCGGAGCUCAUGGCAAACCGUUUGUCAACGACCUUGGCGAUCCUUGGUCGUAUCCUCACUAUAUACAGGCCAGGGAGUUCGGUUGAAAGACAACAAGUGUUAAAAGCACUUGAGAGCCCGGGUGUUGGUGGCAGCCCCAUGGACCUGGUUGAGAUACUACGCAAGUGGGCCAGGUGGCUAAAGCGUGCAGAAGAUCUAGGACUCCAACCUCCUGACGCAUCGAUUCUGUUGAAAGGGCUCGACGUGGCAACGAAACCUUUGAUGGAGAAGAACAACGAGAUCUUCUUCAGGACGAACAUGCUGAGGUUUUCCUUGGAUCUGGAUGCUGCUCCUACCAAGACGGCAGUGCUUCGGUUUCAUGGCCAUCUCCUUGCGGAGUUUGAGCAGCUGGCCUAUCGUGGCAGGGGCAAGGGCGGUCCUACGGCUGCAGCCGCUGUGAGGGCGGCUAAUGCAGUGACUGAUGCAGGCACCUCACCUACAAGUACACAAAAGGGGGGCUCAUCUCCAUCGGCCUCGGGUUCAGCUAGGCCGUGUAAGUUCUUCGCCCAGGAGAGUGGCUGCCAGCGGCUCAACUGCAAGUUUGUGCACGACUGGGCGAACAUCCCUAAGGAGGAGAAGUCUGAGCGUUGCAAAAGCUGCGGUGCCAAGGGACAUAUGAAGAGACAGUGUCCUUUGAGGGUGAGUUCUGAUGGUGGUCGCAAAGGUGAAGAAGGAAAAGGGGCCGCAGGACCGAAAGUGAGAGCAACUAUGGCUUCAACGAACAAGGGCUUAGAUGGAAAGCGAGAUGAUGGUACAGCUCCUGGAGGUGAAGCCCAGCAAUCAUCGAGUACCACCUCGGCGGCUACUACGGGGUCUACAACGGAGGCGGGUUUUCCAACAGCGUCGACGGCUUCGGGAUCAAGGGGGAGUGCCGGGGAGAUUGACGACUUCCUAAAGAAUGCCACGCAAAUCCUGAAGAUGAUGACGGAAAAGCAGGGUGCUCAGCAGUCUCAGGGCCCGUCCAUGAAAAUGUUGAAGAAGGCAAUCAGACGCUUUGAGAACAGGUUGGCACUUGUGGACUCGGGUGCUACGCACCCGCUGCGUGAAGCCCGACCAGAUGAGUGGGCAGAGGCUCCGGAGGUCGAUGUGGUGAUUGCGGGGGAUGGUGUUACGACAAUGAGACAGAACACGGCGGGCACGUUACUUACUGAACCUCAGGGCUCCGGAAGACGACCUCAGACGAUAGUACCGGUUGGGAACCUCAUCGGGCUCCUGGGCUACGAGCUUAUUUGGUCCAAGAAGAAGUGCGUUUUGAGGGCUCCUGAUGGGCGGGAAGAAGUGUUGAAGAUGACUUCGGGGUGUCCAGAGGUCAAUGAGGCUCUGGCACUGGACCUCAUCGCCAAGAUCGAGCAAGAGAAGCUUACCCGGCUUGAAAAGGCCAUGGAGGACUCAAAGCGCGUGUUGGUCCGAGCGAUGAAGGUUGAAAAGGACCCUGCCUGGGAGAAGAACCUCAAGAAGUAUGUGGAGUUUGGAAAGUUUGAGGACGGCUAUUGUGCAAUUUCGUCUAUGCCAUGGGCUACCGACGUGAUGAAUGAGGACCUUGUAAGGACCAUCUCUGACAUCCCGCGCACCGAGAAGGAGGCUUGGGAUCUUAUGAUGGCCCUGGGCUUCAAUCGAAGAAUGCGGAAAAGGAUGAUGCACAAGGACUGGAUUGUACGGUUCUACAGCGGGAAGCGGUCCUAUGUCGAUAAGAUGUUCAAGAUGUUUGAGAACAAUGGAACGAUGGUGCUAGACAUAGAUGUUAUGAGAUGGACGCAGCUGGAUAUGUUGAACACCAACAAAGGGAUUAUGACGCUUAUGUUAUGGGGGGCGGCUACGGGAAGGAUUGCUGGAACUUUUGCUGCAGUACCAAAGGGCAACACUUUCGAGCACGCCCUGAGAGUGGUGGUGGUCAAUGAGGUUGCCAAAGUUGGUCGUCGGGUUAUGUGUGAGGCGGCCGAUGUACCUGACGAUGGUGUGGCUAUGUGUUUGUGGGCAUCGUCGCAGUCGGAGGAAGAUGAGAGCUCUACAAUAUGGCUGCACAAGUGGUUCAGGCAGUGGAUAGCGCAUAGUUUCUUGGAUGUGAUGCACUUUGACCAGGGAGCUUUUGGACACAGCUUACGCAGGCCUACGACUAUGGCAACGAAUUUGGAUGUGGUGGAGCUGCGUGGAGCUCAAGAUCGGCGCACCGAGUGGCCGACAAAGGGUGUUUGCUGGGCGUCCUGGGCGCCAAUGAUGGUGAGAGUAUUGGUGCAAGGAAUGAAGCGGUGGAAGCAGAGGCCUGGGUGGUAUACAAGGAUGGUUAGAGCACUCAAGGCGGCGGACCGCAAGGCCUGGGAAAAACACCUGGCAAACGAUCAUCUACCACAUCGUGCAGAUUGUUUGCAGUGCAUUCACAAUUCCACAGGACGGCCCCACCGGAAAUGUUUGCAUCGGGACUGCUAUGUGCUGAGCGCGGACACUCUGGGACCGGUUCGGGUUGCAGGACCUAAAGGGGAAAAGUACGCGGUGGUGUUCACUUACCAGUUCCCAAAGUUGAAGAUGAUGCCUGAGGACCAGCCGAUCAAGGAGGAGGAGUUGGUGGGCUGGGACCUGGAUGCAAAGGCCAGGGAGGAAGCUGGGGGUAUAGGGGAAUUGGAGGUGGAUAUGGAUGUCGAGUUUCCUGAGGAGUGUGAGUUGGGGCUUGAAGAAGAGAAAAAUGGUGCAGCAGAGGAGUUGCCGGACUUGGACACAAGAGCCUCUACUUCAUCUACUACCAGCCCAAGUGUCGGAGAGAAGAUCGGCAAGGCGAAGGAGGAUUGGUGGGAGUUUCGGGAGGCUGAAGGAAUACUUGUUCGGCAUCAUGUGGCUACAAGGUUACAACUCUUCCGCCCUACGAAGGCAAACGGUUGUCCGGUACCACCGGCCAAAUUGGAGCCUACGCGUGUCACUGAAGUGAAGUACGUUGGUGGUGGUGCGGAAAUGGAAGCUUCAGACUGGCAUGGUUACCAAUCUGGUGCCCGAAGCCUGGAUAAGCGAUGGACUGGAGCUACAACCUUCAAGAUCUCCCAGGCUGAGGUCGCGGAGGAGGAGGAUGUUCUUGAAAAGGAUGAGAAAUCUUGGGAGGCACUGAUCGGCGACCUUACGAAGCCUGUGGAGAUGGAGACGAUUUAUAUGGUGUAUCCAGUUCGGAAUCGGCGUGGCGGUGAUGUGAUGUUGGCUGUGCAAGAGGCGGUCUUGAGACUUAAGUUGCUUGGUUUUCCGGUGGCAAGACUGCAUUCGGACAGAGGAUCGGAGUUUGCCUCAAAGGGUUUGCGAAAGUGGCUACUCGAGCGGGAUAUCUUUCAUACCCGUUCGGAGUCCUUGGUCCCUCAAACAAAUGGUGCAGCUGAGCGCGGUGUUCGUUGGUUCAAGACCAAGGCCAAGGUUCUGUUGGCUGAAGCAAAUGUGGCGGUGAAGUAUUGGACUUUGGCAAUGCAGCAUGCGUCGAACCGUCAGAUCUACUACAAGCUGGGGUUAAGCAAACCACCUUUGUUGCCAUUUGGAACUACAGUUAUGAUUCGAAGAAAGGUGUUCGGCAACAACAAGAAGUAUGACCUGACGGACCGGUGGGAGCAAGGGAUCUAUCUGGGUUUAUCAGAUACGAUCAAGGGAGGAGCAAUUGUGCUGAGGCCCACCGGGAUAUUGACGGAAACUUUGAACCUUCGAGCAGGCGUUGUUGAUCCUCGGCGUCUACUACAAGAUCCUGUUGAGGGUGGAGAAGAAGGCGGUAUCGAGGAGGCUGACAGUGCAAUCAUUGACCUCCCCGAACCCGAUCAUCGACUAAGAGGAAAACACAAACCACCUGAACUACGAGCACUUCGGCUAGAAGAUGAAGGGGCUAGUGUUUUAGAUGAGGAGGAAUGGUCGAUGAUGACAGUGUUGGAAAGACAGGAAGCGAAAGCAAAGGAGUUCUAUGAGAAGGGCAUGUUUGAUCUUUCAGCAUGUGGCGAAGUACUACAAGAACUUUGCAUAGAUGGAAGGAUGAGAACGCAGGGUCCUGGUACAGAAGCUACAUCCAUGAUUUUGGGCGCCUACGUUCAUGGUGGUAUCCGUGGAGUAUCUGCUCAGGGAAGAAAGCGCCCGUGGCUCAUGAGAUACCUCAAUGCAGUUCUGAGGAAGAGGGUGAAAGAGGAUCUUGGGGAAGAGGGUGCGUGGACUACAGUUGGUGUUUUCCGAGCUGCGGAUAUCCCUCCUCAUCGUGAUCAACGCAACAGACCUAUGUCCCUCAACUAUGCCGUUGAGAUUGGUGGAACGCAGUCAGGUGGAUUGUGGGUUUCUAGGCGAGGUGAUGUUCGAGAAUGCCGUGGAGGUGGCUAUGCACGUGAUCUACAACAAGAGUUGCCGGAUGGUCGGGUUGCUGAUGGAACACUUUUCAACAUCAACCAGAAAGCUAUCGCGUUUGAUCCCAAGGGCGAGCAUGCCUACAUGAAGCCGGAGGUGGAACGUUGGGUAUUGGUUGGAUUUACACCCUUGGGAGUCGAAAAGUUGAUGUUGCCAUCACAGAAGAUCCUUGGCAGCUGUGGUUUUCCGUUGAGUGGCACUGGCGUUGAGGUUCCUCCUGAUUCCCCUGAUGAAGAAGAAGAGUCUGAUGGUGAUGGAUGGUAUAGUUUCGAUUCUGAGGAGAGCCAGCUUGAGGAGGAGCUUGAGAAUCGAGCCAGAGUUCUACGUUGUGUUCUACAGGAGGAGGUUGAAGAUGUGGUGCAGGAAUUACCAGAAUGCGACGAAUACCUACAACGAUUGGAGUAUGCGCGGGAAGUAUGUGAGCGAGAUCUUCAAGAGCUAGAUGGGCAAGCCCUACGGAGGAUUGCAAAAGUUUCUCCAGGCGAGGCGAAAAACUACGAGGUCGAGCCGCUACUUCAAGCACUACAAGCACCCCUAGAGGUAGUUCACAAUGUUUCGUUGCAGGAGGUCAGGAAGAAUGUUGACAAGUGGGUGGCGUCGAUUUGCAAAGAAGUAGACGCCUUGAUCAGCAGCGGGACAAUAAGACCACUUUCACCAGAGCAGACCCGGGAGCUCAAGGCAUGUGGGCUUAAGGUGCUGCCUGGAAAGGCAGUAUUCACAGCAAAACCCCCGUCGGACGCUACAAGUGGCGAGUGGUUCCGAAGGAAGUGCAGGGUGGUGGUAUGUGGCAACUUCUUGCCACAUGGCCAGGACAAUGUCUACGCAAGCGGCACAUCGGCCGAUACCCUGCGCGUGAGCAUCGCGUAUGCAAUCCUACGUCAGUGGACAGCUGGGUGCACGGACAUUUCCAACGCCUUCACCCUGGCGCCCAUGCCAGAAAACCUGUUGUAUGGAGUACUACCACCGUCAAUUGUGGUGCUAGCUGGAGCAGCAAGGCCUGGGGAAACGUGGAAGAUAGAAAGGGUCUUGUACGGACUUCGGGAAGCACCAAGGCUGUGGAGUUUGUUUCGUAACGACCGACUUCAGUCAGCACGCAUUGACUAUGAAGGAAAAGUGCUAAUCCUAUGCAACCUGGACACGGACGAGAACCUUUGGAGAGUUUGCUAUGAGGAUCAGCCCGAGGAAACGGCCGGGCUGAUGUUAAUCUAUGUCGACGAUAUCCUGGUACUCUCGAUGACGGGCAUCAUCAAGUGUAUUUACAAGUGGCUUAUUGCUGAGUGGAAGUGUUCGGCAUUGGAGAUGCUAUCUGAUGGUGCUUUGAGGUUCUUGGGUGUUGAACUACGGCUGCAAGGAGGAGGUAUUCAUAUGUCCCAGGCCGGUUACGUACGUGAUCUUCUACGACAGCAUGGUGUGGAGGAGCAGCCUGGGAAGCCACUCACGGUGCCGUGCAGCAGAGAAUGGUUGCAAGAUGAGGACACAGAGGAUGAAAGCGCAGAGCCGGAAGAAGCUACAGUGAGGAUGGCACAAAAGGCUACUGGGGAGGCCCUAUGGCUUUCAACGCGGAGCCGUCCAGAGCUGGCUCAUUCAGUGGCUUGUAUGGCGUCCAAGGCUUUGAGGAAACCGUUGCGGGCGCUGGAGAUUAGUAAAAGGGUCAUGCAGUAUCUCUCCAAGACGGCUGACUACGGGCUCUUGUACCAGGUGGGGGCCGAAGCUUUGGAUGUAUCAUGGCACAGGAUCGACAAUUCUGCUGCGCAAGGCCUAGCUUCAGAAGCACCUGGCACGUGGAAGACCCGCGCGAUGCAGAAGGCGGACAUCGGAACAAAGGGGUUUGAUUUGCCAAAGUUCAAGGAGUUGAUAUGCCUUUGGGGCAUUGGCACCAAGGAUGAUCUUCCGCUGGAUGGCUCUGUGGAGUUCUACGGCAUGAUUGUGGUGUGUAUCCUUGCAGGCUGCGGUUCAGGAGGAGAUCCAGAGACAAGCGGCGCCUACAAGCCCCUUUGGUGGAGCAGCGAGUUCCACUGGGCCUACAUCCAGGACGAUGAUGACUACGACGCCUACGAGAAUGUCAAGUUCAGCGGUGGUGAGGAGGAGUGUAAAGUUCCGAUCGCACAUGUGGUUUGA